UGUCUGUUUAUGAAAGCAUUGAGUAUUCAAUGAUACAGGUUAUUUAUCUGUCAUGUGAAAAUUAAUGAGGUGUUCACUGGUUAAUCAUCAUUCUUUAUUUCUUUUUCAGAAAGCUGAUUAGAACUGCUUACUUGUUAGCAGCCAGAGGACAACCAAUGUCAUCAUUCCGAACAAGUGUGGAAAUACAGAAAGCUAAUGGUGUUCAGCUAAUUUCUGGUGCAGACUCUGGAAAGAGAGCGACUAAGCUUGUCAACAUCAUUGCCUCUACAGUACAAACAACAGUUAAGGAAGUCAUCCUGCAAUCAAGCUACUUCUCUAUGCUUUCAGAUGGAUCACAAGCCAGGAAAACAAACUCUGAAAAAGAGUUGGUUAUGGUGCGGGUGGUCAGGGAUGGCGUACCUGUAUACCACUGUGUAGGACUCGAGAACAUCUCGGACUAUGGCGAUGCAACUGCGCAUAAUGUAAAGUGUUCCCUAGACAAUGCCUUUCAGAACAAAUUGAAAGUCCCUGAUGGACAUUACAAAAACAUGCUGAUCUGUGCCACAGCUGAUGGAGCUUCGGUAAAUACCGGUACAUACAAUGGUGUCUUGACGCAGUUAAAGGAGGAACGGCCAUGGCUUGUUACCAUGCACUGUGUGUCCCAUCGCGUGGAACUUGCUAUAAAGGACUCAAUAUGUAAACAGCCCCAGUUUGAAGCAGUGAAGGACUUUAUGGUUGAUUUGUUUUAUUACACAAAGCGUUCAGGCAAGUUCGUACACCACUUGCAGGCAACAGCGGAGGCACUCGGUGCAAAGAUGUACAAGUUUCCAAAAGUCCAUGGUACACGCUUUGUGAACCACCAAAGACAUGGAGUGGACGUGCUUCUACACAACUGGAUAAUUCUGUUAGAAACAAUUGAAAACACUCUGGCAUCACAAAAAAAACAGGACGCCAAACUUCUGGGAUACAGGAGGAAGUUGAAAAACUUCACCUUUCUUUCUCACUGUUGUGUGUAUCAGGCUGUUCUGGAGAAAGUUGCCUCACUGUCACUGCAGUUUGAAAAGGGUAGUCUGCAAGUAUUUGAAAUAGAGCCAGAGAUCAAGAGGACUCUUCGGGAGCUCAGAGACCUACAAGGGCAAAAUCCAGAUGAUUUUCUAAAGCAAUCUGGUUUUACCCUUCAUGAGAACAAAAUAACUUGUCCUGUUUUAAAGGACGGACACAAAAGAAAGAAACCAGAAAACAGAGAGACUGUAGUUCUGUCCUUGAAUGAAAUGACACACACUGAUGGAGCUAGCGACAGUGUGAACUUGCUAAAGGCUUAUGCACUUCCAGCCGUGGCUACGUGUCUGAGUCAACGCUUCGAGUCCUUUCAAAGUGACCUCUUUCAACACUGCCAUUGGAUGGACCCGGCCAACUGGGCUUCCGAAGAAGAUGAACUGAGAGAAAUUCAUCACCUUGUAACUCACUUUGAAGUGCCCUUACAAGCUCGAAACUUUGAAAAAAAACACAUCUGGUCUGAAUGGAAACACUUGAAAGAAACUGUAGAAACGUUCUAUAGAAAGGUAGAAGCCCUGGCAAUGUGGAAAAAGAUGAUCACCUACAGAAGAGAUCGCUUCCCAAAUAUUCUCUUGAUUGUUGAGCUGGUUAUGUGCCUUGGUAUGAGCAACAGCGUGGUGGAGGGGGGCUUUUCCCACUUGACAAGAAUGCUGCCAGACACUCGACUGUCAAUGAAUCAUGAUACCAUGGAAAACCUCUUGCUAAUAAAACUGAAUGACUUGGUCUUCAGUCAGUCAGAAAAAUCACAAGUUAUUGAACGUUCACUGGAAAAAUUCAUGGAGAAAAGGCGUAAAAGCAAGGUUGAUUGUGAUACUGAGACAGAAAUCCAAGGCUCUGAGACUCACUCCGUUGUGAACUUACCUGGGAGUGUUGUUCAUUUAUCAGACUCUGACUCUUCUUCUGAGUACAUGGACUGUGAUAUAGAGUCAUAG